AUGGAAUUGGACUCCUUAUUCACAAUCUUCCCCGGAAAACAUCUAUGGAUCUUCGGCGCCAUAGCUCUGAAUCUGAUCCGAAUCCCUUUCUGGCUUAUCUACUAUGUUCCCUCCGUUACCCGACCCUCGCCAAAAUGGACCUACACCCAAGCCCUCCGUAUCCGUAUCAUAAAAGCUUUCGUCAAAUCCGUCUCAAUCACCAAAUCAGCUACCAUCAUUAAUCUCCUUCCGGGUGCCGAGGGAUCACGAUUUUUAACCAUCCAUCCUGCUUCAUCAUCCCGUUACCAAGGGGUCACUAUAACGAAUUCUGAAAUCAAACCAGAAAUUAUCGGUGGCACGUGGUAUCCACACCAACCAUCUUCUGGAAAAGACGCUGGAGAUGUAGUUCUUCACUUUCAUGGAGGAGCAUAUGUAGUUGGAGAUGGACGAACGCAAGACGCUGGAUUUUGCGCAGAGACUUUAAUUGCUAAUAGCUCUGCUUCUUUUGUAUUUUGUCCUCAAUACAGACUUGCAUCAAGUCCGGGUGGGAGAUUUCCAGCAGCGCUGCAGGAUGCGAUUACGAGUUUCUCUUACUUGACCGAGACAAUGGGAAUCAAGGCAGAGAAUAUCGUUGUCUCGGGGGAUAGCGCGGGAGGAAAUCUGACAAUGGCAUUAUUGAGAUAUCUACAUGAUAACCCAAACGUGGGUCUAUCAAAUCCAGGAUGUGCAUGGUUAUGGUCUCCCUGGGUCGAUCCGGUUUCUACGAUUAUCGAAGGAAUCUUCCAUGCUUCUCCAUACUCUCGUACUGAUUAUCUUCACGAGGGAUUUGGAAUCUGGGGAGCAAGGGGCUUGACACCACUUGAGGGAACGGGAGUAGAAUUAUCUCAUCCGAAUAUUUCGUUUGUGGGGAAUCCGUUCAAGAUUUCCACCCCAUUGUUUUUUAGUACAGGAGAGUGUGAAGUACUGUUUGAUGAUGUGGUGAAGGUUCAUAAUCAGUUCGUGGAAGCGGGGAAUAAGACGGAAUUGCAGAUUGAAGAAGGGGCGGUGCAUGAUAUUAUUUUGAUUGGGAAUCUUUUAGGCUUUAAGGAAGAGGCGAGGUUGGCGGCGAAGAGGGCAGGUGAAUUUUGGGAGAGAAAUAGAUAG